ACCAUCCUACCCUACGGCCCUCCCCACAUACCCGCCACCGAGGAAGCAGCAGACCAGCGCCGCAUCUGCAGUGGUGCUCUGUUCUUUUCUUCGACUCUUUCUCUCUGUUUUCCUGUUGAAAUCGAAACAGGAUAGAUCUAAAGGGGAAUAGAAGAAACUUAUAAAAAAAUCGAUACUUUUUUUAAACGAUUUCGUUGGAUUUGUUAUUGUUGUUACUAUACUUUUUUUGUUGGUUCUUACUUUGCGAUGAAUGAGGAAUUGCGAUGCCCCUAUUCGACCGCUGGCUCUGCCUAGCACGGAUUAAAAAGUGCUGGCUCCUCCGAAAGAAGUGACAAUAUACCGCGAAAGUUCGUUUUCCUACUGGAUCUUACCGAUUUCUGGAUCUCUUUCUUCUUACCAGUUUGUCACACUCGUAUUUAUUUGCAUCUCAAACUCAUAAUACGCUUGCGGUGGUUGUCGCAGGACAACACUCGCGUGAAAAAGUUUGCCAGUGAACAAAGCCGCGAUGCACGGACUGAAAAGAUUGCGGGAUAGUACGGUUUGGGGACAAGUGACAAUCCCGAAUGUGCUCAUUUGGAUCGCUGUAGGACUAGUUCUGAAUGCGUGGCCAGUUAUGCUCGCCAAGCCAGGGGAUAAAGGCAGUACUCAAGAUUUUGGAUGCUUAACGUUGCCAACCAAUUUCUCAAGAUCACGACCAAGAAGGUCGCCUAUUUUAGUUGGCCAUUCCCACCUCUUAUCUAAAGUCGAACAGCCCUCAUUUGAUCCUGCAAUGCCAAAAAAUGUAACUACACAACUAGGACAAACAGUCUACUUGCAUUGUAAAGUGCAUAAUUUAGGAGAUAAAACACCUUCAUCUCCUCAAUUGCAGAAAGGAGUAUCCCUAAGUCUAAAUCUGUUAGGGUCUACUGGGAAUGGUCCAUGA